AUGGUCGUAUUUGCGAAGGCCGAAAAUAAAAGAGACGUGUGUGCCAUAAAACUCCUCAGAACACAAAACUCAAAUCUACCGGAGAUAGUCCUGGCGUCCACCUACAUGGCGGCCGAGGACGAACCACCUCCAGUGGAGAUGAACAACCUCAUACGCUACUGCGAACGAGAAAGGCUCGAGCUGGUCAUAUCUGCAGACUGCAACGGCCAUCACAACCUAUGGGGAAUGGAAACCAACAACAAAAGAGGACUGGCAGCUCAACACAUAUCCAACUGGCACGUGUCGGACGAGCUAUCCUGCUCCGACCACAGAUGGAUUCGGUACGACCUAACAGCCGACACACAGACACCCACACCUAGAAGAAACCCGAGACGCACGGACAUACCGGCGUACAAGGAACUUCUGGAAGGUAAACUAGACAAUAACACACACACAGACAGACCUAGCAAUACAAAGGAGUUGGAGGAACAGGUAAACUUACUUAUUAAGAACAUUACCGAUAGCUACGAAAACACAUGUCCACUAUCGACCUCAUCAGCUAGAGGGAAAAGCAGUAACAACAACAGCUGGUGGGGACCGGAGUUGGACCGAAUGAGAACAAAAAUGAGAAGGUUACUUAACAGAGCAAUGAACACAAGAGCUGAAGAGGACUGGGAUAAGUACAAAACAGCUAAAACAGACUAUAAGAAAAGACUGAGAUACAGAAAAUCAGCCACAUGGCGGAAUUUCUGCGAUAACAUAUCCACUGUAACACAGGCAAACAGAACAAGGAAAAUCCUUGCAGACCAACCAAGGCAACUACUGGGCACCCUGAGGAGACAGGAUAAUAGCACCACCAGUAGCCCAGCAGAGACAGAAAGGCUACUGGUUGAGACCCACUUCCCAGGAUGCAAGGUAGUAAAUGAGCAAGACCCGGAACAACAAAUCCAACUGAAAGAGAAUGGAAGACAGCAGAACGCAUAA